AUGCCGAACAUGCGGGCCAAGAACGAACAGUCGUGGGCGCUGUACCCAUCUCUCCACCAGGAUGUGCGGCGCCUGCUGCUGCAGGACAUGUUGUUCUUCCACUUCCAUCACGCCGACGACGAGCAGCAUCUCGUUGAGGAUUACGACACCAACAUCAUGGGCCGCUUCAUCUGCCACAACGCCUCAUGCAAGUCCAAGGGCUGGUCGAGCAAGAGGGUCGCGAUCACGAUUCGCAUGUACUCGGACAGGACGUACAACGCCCGUGUUUACUUCCAACGGUGCAGGGCCUGCAAGAAACUCAGCAAGCCUGAGCUGGACAGCUCGUACGCGGAGCGAAUCGCCUACCGCAUCAAGAAGUGGUAUGGUGUACGACAGUUGCUGCCACCACCGUACUCUGGUGGCAACGACCCCAAGGAACCCCACAAGAUCGAGCUCUGUGAGGGCUGCAAGGCCGGCCGCUGCAUCGAGAAGUGCCCACAGGGAGUUUCGCUUUGUCGUGCCUGCGGCCUCCUCUUGGUAACGAGAGACGGCGUGGAACAGUGCCCGGACAUGGAGUGUGCCGGGAUCAACAACAUUGGAGGUGAUACGAAGCCAUGGUGGUGA